UUUAUUAGUUUGAUGAUUUGAUUUUUGAAUUUUUUUAUUUGAUAUUCUGUUUUCUUCAUUGUUACCAUCAUCAUCAUUAUCAUUAUCAACAUAAAUGUCAUCAAAUAAAAUAACCGAUUAUUUUGGUAAACGUUCUAAUGUUUCAUAUAAGAAAAAUGAAAAUGAUCAUUUGUCCAAAAGAAAAAAUGUAAAAAAAGCAACAAAAGUCAUUAUUUUUGAUAAUAAUAAUGAUGAUGAUGAUGAUUCAGCGACCGAAAUCGAUGAUGAUUUAACAGAAUUUGAAAAUUAUUCUACCAGUACUGAAUUAUGGGAUGAAGAGAAUGAUAUAACAAUUGUUAAAACGAAAAGAAAAAAGAAAAAGCAACAAGUCGUUCAAAAAUUGAAACAAAAAAAUCAAAAAUCACGAUCAAAAAUUGUUGAUAAAAUUAAUAAGAAUAAAAUUAUAACAAUCGAUGAUUCGAUAAUCGAAUCAACGAUUAUUAAUGAUAUUAACAUUUUGACACAUAAAUAUCAGCCCAAAACUAUCGAUAAUAUGAUUGGACAAACGAAUGAAAUUAAUAUAAUGAAAAAUUGGCUUGAAAAUUGGAAUAUCAAAUUCAAUAAUGAUGAUAAUAAAUACGAGGAUGAUGAUCUGGUUGAUGAUGUUUAUUAUGGCAAAUGUUUGUAUAUAUUUGGAUCGAAUGGUAUCGGUAAAACGGCAAUGGUUUAUGCUGUAGCUAAAGAUUGCGGCUAUAAUAUACUUGAAUAUAAUGCAACCAUUAAACAUUUGACACCGAAAUCAUUACAAAAUGAAUUAUAUGAAUCAUCACAAUCUUAUCUAAUUGAUAAUUCAACAUGGCAAACAAAAAAACAUGAACAAAUGACUACCGGUUUUUCUAAAUCAUUAAUUUUAUUAGAUGAUAUUGAUGCAAUUGUUUAUGAAAAUAAAUCCUUAAAUGAAUUAUGGCGUUCAUUAAGGACAAUCAUACAGAAUUCCAGAAAACCGAUCAUAAUCACAUCGAAUUUAGAGCCAUCCUUUUUAUGUAAUGAGCAAAGUUUUUUCCGCAUAAUACAAUUACGACCCAUUCGAUUUGAAUCUAUCAUCGAACGUUUAGAUACAAUUUUUCAAAUAGAAUCUAUUAAUAAAUUUGAACAUCAUUGUAAUAAUAAUCAUGAUAUUUUAUUCGAAACAAAUGAUGUAAGAAAAAUGAUCAAUCAGUUGGAUUUUUGGUAUACGGGCAAACAAAUCCAUAAUGUUCAUGAUCAUAAUAGUGAAUCAUCGCAUCUUAAAACAUACUAUCAACAUUAUAUAAAUCAAAUAUUUAUGAAAACAAAAAAAUCAUUAGAUAAACAAUCAAGAAUAUUAGAAACAUUAUCGAAUGAUGAUUUAUAUCAGACUGAAUUGAAUCGAUUUUUAAACAUAAACGAUGAAAUGGAUGAAAAUCGAUAUAAUAUUUAUUCGAUCGAUAAACGAUAUACAUUAAUAAUUGACAAUGAUGAUAUUGAUAAUAUUAUUACAAUAAAAGAAUUUAAUCAUUUAUGGUUAUAUAAAUGUGAUCAUAAUUUUAUUCGUCAACAAAUGACCACCGAUUUAAUAUUUGAAUCAUUACAAAUGUUAUAUGAUUAUUUUAAAUACAAUGAUCUUUUUGAUUGUUAUUCAACAAAAUUUGAUUAUCUUUCAUUAUUUGAAUUUGUUAUCGAAUCAUUUCCGGAAUUUUUUUCAUCAAAUCCAUUACAAACUAUGGUCGAACAACAUUCAAAUCGUUAUAAACAUCGAACACGAUCAUCACAGAAACAAAGACAUCGAUUACAAUAUGUACAGAUAGAAUACAAUACAAAUUAAAAAUAUGAUUUAAAAAAAAAAAUUAAUUUAUUUUUUCAACUAUUUAUAGAAAAAAAA